AUGGUAGUGGUCAUGUUAUUUAAGAAGGUGAUCUUUCCCCGUUUAGGAGUUUCAAGAGUUAUCAUUAGCGAUGGGGGUUCACACUUCGCCAAGAAAUCAUUCAAAGCCCUUCUUGCUAAAUAUGGGGUGCAUCACAAAAUGGGUCUCUCUUACCAUCCUCAAUCUAGUGGUCAAGCGGAGAUAUCUAAUCGAGAGGUCAACUACCUCAUUUUGGAGAAAAUUUUGAACCGAUAUCGAAUGGAUUGGUCUUCCAAAGUAGACGAUGCAUUAUGGGCCUACCGCACGUCGUACAAAACCCCUAGUGGCAUGACACCUUACAAGCUUGUCUGUGGAAUAUCGUGUCAUUUACUCGUGAAAUUGGAGCACAAGUCUUAUUGGCCCAUCAAGGCUUUGAAUUUUGACCUUCAAGCUUCCGGUGAAAGAAGGAUGCUUGAUGUCCAUGAGCUUGAGGAGCUUAGGAGGGAUGCAUAUGAGAGUGCUCGGGUGUAUAAAGAGAGAACAAAGGCUUGGCAUGAUCAACGAAUCAUUAAAAGGGAAUUCAAAGUUGGUGACAAAGUCCUUUUGUUCAAUUCGAGGUUAAGGUUAUUUUCGGGCAAGCUCAAAUCAAGGUGA